AUAAUUUGAAUUAAAUGUGCUUGUAAAUUUAUUCUUCAUGCCCUUGGAGUUUACUUAUCACUGAUUUUAAUUACGAGCUUUACUAUUGGUUAUGUGCAUUGGGAACGUAGUGGAAAUAAAAAUCAUGGAUUAAUCAUGACGGCACUAGUACGUUCGGCAAUAACAAUAUAUUUAUAACCUUUCUUAGAAAUAUUACAAAACACACGCGCGCGACACGCAUAUGGACCUGUUUAAUGCGAUUAAUCAUUGAAAAUAUUCGUAAUUAGAAAACAGCUAAGUGCCUUAAUUCAUCAUUUGUUGGUGACGAUUUCCGUUAAUGACAAAAAUUCUUCACGCAUCUCGCUAUUGAUGCUCUCUUAAAUAAGCAUUAAAUGCAUGUAUAACUUUUAUAAAAAGUUGUAAGCUUAACAACAUUCUUAUAUAUUUAUAAUUAAUUGAAUGUUUAAUUUGAUGUGAGAUUUUCUGUGCUGUGAUAUAAAGAAAUUUUAAUUUACCAACUUCCAUCGCUUUGAAUUCAACGAUGAUAAUCAACCCACAGGAAUCAAAAAAACGUUCCAUUGAAGAAGAUUUCCAACCAGUGCUAGUACGAGUAUCCUCGACAAGUUCUAGUUAUAUUGAUAAUUACAUUCACAUCAACAAAAACCAAUUUAAAAUUGGUCGAAAACCUGACAAUGACAAAGUUUUACUCCAUGUCUUGAUAUCUCGGAAUCAUUGUAUACUCCAACAGGAUAAAAAUAAUGGUAACUGGUUGGUAACAAAUUUGAGUUCUACCGAUACAUUGCUGAAUGAAAAAUCUAUUGAACGUAAUAAGUCUGAAGUAAUUAAAGAAGGUGAUAUUUUACAAUUAAGUUUAUCAGAUAGUUUUAGAUAUAGAUUUACAUUAAAUAAAACGAAUCUUGAAUCCACAAAGUGCCGGCGAUUAGAAAGUAAUGAUUUUGAAUUGAAUACUGUUUUGCACAAGCGAAGAUUGUUUGUCGAGAGUCAAGAAAAUCAAAGGAAAAAUCUUGAAACACAGCUGUGUGCUAAACAAGAAGAACAAGAGCAAUUGAAACAAGAAUUACAAAGGUUAUUACAAGAUCAGAAAAUAACGAAAACUCACAACGAAGAGUUAAAUAGUGAAAUAAUACAGUUACAAAAAAAAAUUGAAUUAGGAAAUUCAAUAGAAUUAGAAUUGCAGGAAAAAUAUCGAAAUCUUUUGAGUAAAUUGGAGAAUGAACGUGUUAAGUAUGAACAAAAAUUAGAGGAAGAGAAACAAAAGUGGCAGAAGGCUUUGCAGGAAACAAAACAAGAAAAAGAAAAAUUAGAAAUGUCUAUGGUUGAGCAAAUGGAAGAAUGGAGAAAAGAAUUAGAAAGAGCAAAACAAGAGGAGUGGCAACAAAAAAUAGAAAAUUUGCUGCAAGAAGAAAAGAACGUUCAAAUAAAGCUACAAAAUGAGAAACAAUUACUAGAAGAGAAAUUAAUUGAAAUGGGAAAAACAUUAGAAGAAAGAGAACAAGCAAAACAGCGUAAUGAUAUAAAAGAUUGCGUUGCGGAGGAUGUGAAGAACAUAAAUACCGUUCAAAAAAUCGCAAUCGAAGUAAUUGAUCUAACGGCUGGAGUUGAUGAUACACAGCUAAACUUAGAUAAUUGUAAAAAUGAUGUAGUUCUUAAUAAAGUUAAUGACAUAAUGGAUGAACAAUUAACUUGUAGUAUAUGUUCCGAACUUUUUAUAACUGCCACAACACUGAAUUGUACACAUACAUUUUGUCGAUAUUGCAUCGACUCGUGGAUUAAGAGACGAAAAGAAUGUCCAAAUUGUCGAACGAUGAUAAUAUCAAUGACUCGUUCUUUGGUAGUGGAUAAUUUUAUUGAUAAAAUGCUUGAAACCUUGACUCCUGAACAAAUGCAAAAGAGGAAUCAACUAAUUGAACAGAGAACAAAAUUAUCCAGAGUAAAUGUUAAAAGGAAAGUAACGAGAACAAGAUAAAAUAAAAAG